AUGUUCGGUUUGACAAGGACUAUCAGGCAAGUUGCAUGUCGUGCACCCAGUUCGUAUGCUUUCUUCUGUGCAUCGUCAUCAUCGCUGUCUGAUGCGUUGAAAAUACGGAUUGAAAAGAUGAUCUCAUCUGCUCCGGUAGUAGUUUUCAUGAAAGGUACACAGCUGGAACCAAUGUGUGGCUUUAGUAGAAAUAUCAAACUGAUUUUGGACUUUCAUGAGGUUAAAUUCAAAGAUUAUAACGUACUUGACGACAAUGAUCUAAGAGAAGGCAUCAAAGUAUAUAGCGACUGGCCUACGAUACCUCAGGUAAGUUGA